CCGCUCUCCGGGCGCCCCCACCCAUCUCCCAUCUUCCUAUCUCUCUUCGCCAUUACAUCACGUUCCAGAUUCCUGUCCUCGUCUCCGAUCGCGAGUAGAUUCGUAGCGGUUUCCUACAUUUUUUUUUAGAUCGGAAAGUUUUGAGGAGUUGGAUCUCGCGAUGGAUAUCGCGGCAUCAAGAAGGGAGGUUGAUAAUUCUGAUAUCAGGUCUGGUCGACGACCAUAACGAACUCAGAGAACAAGAGCGGAAGGAAGAGAGAGAGAGAGAGUACAAGUGGCGGAUACUGCGGCAGUGUAGGAAAAAGCUCUGCCCGUGGUUUCGGUCCAGUUGUUUUGUUACCAUUCGGCUACCAAGCGGGUUUUUGAGGAUUGCUGUUGAUCUCGGUGGCUUCUUCAGCCUUCGGCCUGUCUGCUAUUUGAAUAAGUGCUAGAUUCUUUGUGGAGAAGAUGAGGGGAGCUGCGUUGGUUGCAAUUGCUGCUUCGAUUGGUAAUCUGUUGCAGGGAUGGGAUAAUGCUACCAUCGCUGGGGCUGUUCUUUAUAUUAAAAAGGAAUUUAACUUGGAAAGCGAACCAACUAUUGAGGGGUUAAUUGUAGCCAUGUCACUCAUUGGGGCCACGAUCAUUACAAUGUUCUCUGGAGCAAUAUCAGAUUGGGGUGGUAGGCGUCCCAUGCUAAUUGUCUCAUCGAUCUUCUACUUCUUUAGUGGUUUGGUCAUGUUAUGGUCUCCCAAUGUAUAUAUCCUACUCUUGGCAAGGCUUAUAGAUGGAUUCGGGGUUGGUUUGGCUGUCACCCUUGUUCCUGUGUAUAUAUCAGAGACAGCCCCACCAGAGAUAAGGGGAUUGUUGAAUACUCUUCCACAGUUCACAGGCUCUGCAGGAAUGUUUUUGUCAUACUGUAUGGUUUUUGGAAUGUCGUUAAUGGUUCAACAUGACUGGAGAGUGAUGCUUGGAGUUCUCUCUAUUCCUUCCCUUUUUUAUUUUGCCUUGACAAUAUUCUUUUUGCCCGAGUCACCAAGGUGGCUUGUGAGCAAAGGGCGAAUGACUGAGGCCAAACAAGUUCUGCAGAGGUUGCGUGGAAGAGAAGAUGUCGCAGGAGAAAUGGCUCUUCUAGUUGAAGGCUUGGGAGUUAGUGGGGAGACAUCUAUUGAAGAGUAUAUAAUUGGCCCUGCUAAUGGGCUCCCUGAUGACCAAGGACCAACUACUGAGAAAGAUAAGAUCAUGUUAUAUGGCCCUGAAGAGGGUCUUACCUGGGUUGCGCAGCCUGUAACUGGAGGGAAUCUUCUUGGAAGUGCUGCUGGCCUUGUCUCCCAUAAUGGAAGUAUGAUCAACCAGAGCAUUCCUCUUAUGGACCCUGUGGUCACUCUUUUUGGAAGUGUUCAUGAGAACUUACCUGAAAUGGGUAGCACGAAUAGUAUGUUGUUUCCAAAUUUUGGCAGCAUGUUUAAUAUGUCUGAGCAACAACCCAGAACUGAGCAGUGGGAUGAGGAGAGUGCUCAAAGGGAGGGUGAGGGUUAUGCAUCCGAUGCUGCAGGAGCUGAUUCUGAUGACAACUUACAGGCUCCAUUGCUCUCUCGCCAAACAACAAGUAUGGAAGGGAAGGACAUGAUCAUGCCACAUGCUUCUAAUGGGAGUGCUUUGAACAUGAGACACAGUAGUAGUCUCAUUCAAGGAAAUGCUGGGGAAGCUGUUGGUAGUAUGGGUAUUGGUGGGGGAUGGCAGCUGGCCUGGAAAUGGACAGAGAGAGAAGGUGUAGAUGGGGCAAAGGAAGGAGGGUUCAAGCGAAUCUAUCUGCGCCAAGAAGGUAUCCCUGUGUCACGGCGAGGUUCCCUUGUUUCACUUCCAGGAGUUGAAGUCCCAGAAGAAGGCGAGUACAUUCAAGCUGCUGCAUUAGUGAGUCAGUCUGCUCUUUACACCAAGGAGCUCAUGGGCCAGCAUCCAGUAGGCCCAGCAAUGCUUCAUCCAUCGGAAACGGCUAUUAAAGGGCCAAGGUGGGGAGAUCUUUUUGAAGCAGGAGUAAAGCAUGCACUGAUUGUUGGGAUUGGAAUGCAAAUUCUUCAGCAGUUUUCUGGCAUUAACGGGGUUAUGUAUUAUACACCCCAAAUUCUUGAGCAAGCCGGUGUUGGUGUUCUUCUUGAAAACUUCGGCAUUAGUUCUGAUUCAGCAUCAAUCCUUAUCAGUGCCCUCACUACAUUGUUAAUGCUCCCAUGCAUAGCUGUUGCCAUGAGGCUUAUGGAUGUCUCUGGCAGAAGGAGUCUUCUGUUGGCUACAAUACCUGUGUUGAUAGUAUCCCUCAUUGUAUUGGUUGUGGUGAACUUGGUUCAUAUGGGAACCAUGGUCCAUGCUGUUCUUUCCACCAUCAGCGUUAUCGUCUACUUCUGCUGUUUUGUCAUGGGCUUUGGCCCCAUCCCCAACAUCCUCUGUGCAGAGCUUUUCCCAACUCGGGUCCGUGGUAUGUGCAUAGCCAUCUGCUCACUCACAUUCUGGUUUGGAGAUAUCAUUGUUACCUAUACCCUCCCUGUGAUGCUAAAGACUGUCGGACUUGCUGGUGUGUUUGGGAUCUAUGCUGUUGUUUGUGUCAUAGCAUUGGUGUUUAUUUUCCUCAAGGUUCCUGAAACGAAGGGUAUGCCCCUUGAAGUUAUUAUCGAGUUCUUCAAUGUUGGGGCUAAGCUGGCUGCAAGAAAUUAACUUAUUUAAAGAAUUUCAAUGACAGUGGGAAAGCCAUCAUUCUUGGAAAAGGAACGAAGUUUAAAGGAUAUCAGAAACAGAUGAAAGAUGGCACUUUGUUUGGCAUUAGUUGAUUCAAGGUAAUUGAGAGCAGGAACUUGGGAUACUGUUUCCCCUA